AUGAGCGCGAGGGAGGUGUGCUUGGAGGGCGGCUCGCCCUGGGGCUUCCGCAUGCACGGUGGUUGCGAUCAGCAUCAGGAUCUUCGCAUCUCGAGGGUGAACCCGGGAAGCAAGGCUGCCCAGCAGGGGGUGCGCGAGGGCGACCUCAUUAGCAGCAUCAACGGCAAGAGCACGCGCGAGCUGACCAACAUCGAGGCCCACGGGCUUCUCCGCAACGCCGGCGACCAGCUCAAGUUGGGCCUCAACCAAGAAAACGCUUCGCCAAAGAGAAGAAUCUACAAGAGCAGCCUCCAGGAGAACACAUCCAUCGAAACAAUCAAGAAAAUCACAACAAAAACGACAACAACGAAUACGCACGUCACGGAAACGCGGAAAAACGGAAAGGAUGACACGAAAAACGGGGCAAACUACGAGAAUCAGAACGGCGGCGUGAAAUCGGAAUCCAGCAAUCGGAACAAACAGCAGCAGCAGAACGACGGCAGCGAUAAAAAGAAACAAAAGUACAACUGGACGAUAAAAUAUUGAACCGAAGAGCUUGAGAGCAGCUGCCUCGUGAUAAGGAUGCCCUGCGGAUCGCGAAGCCGGAAAAACCGGCGCAACCGGCAGCAGCGCAAAAAACCAGCCGCAGCGAAAAAUGGCCCCUCAGUCAUCGAGGUCCGCGCCGAGAACAAGACCGACACCACCGCGGCCAAACCGAUCCCACGGCCCGGUAAAAUCGACAAGCGCGUACUAAACACCGGCACCCAGAUCUGCGAGAUAACGACGAUAAGGCACGCGACGCCCCUGGAGGCGCGGAUCGGCCACGUGGCUGGGGUCGGUAUAGUCGAGUCGAGCCUCGGCUCGUCGACCGUCACAAUAACCGAGCCCCUCGAGCCCAUGGGUCCGCUCCCCCGGGAGCUCGCGACAAAGGUCCAGAGCCUCUCCGGUGGCGGCGCCACUUGCACGGCCUUGGCCAUACCCGCGAAGCGCUUCAGUUUCCUCGAGAUCUGCGAGGUCACGGACAGCGACGCGGAGGCCGGCCGGAAGCCCCGGCAGCAGGGGAUCAUAGUCGAGGCCGAGUCAGACGAGGAGGGGGCGCCGGAGACGAAGCCGAUGUCACGGGAGGUGGAGGACCACCUGCGCAGCUUCAUCGAGGGUCUGAGGCUGCCAAGUUCACCGACCGAUCGAAAAACAGCCGAGCCGCCAAGUGGGAGGGGGAACGCGGCUGUCGGGGAGACGACUGCACUUGGCUGCAGUGCCACCUUGGCGUACAACCAGUUGCAAAUGAAUCAAGAGCCGAGCAACAGCCACACCAGGUGUCUCGACAUCAUCGAGGAGGAAGAAGUGGUGGACUGUAACAACGAGGAGGAGGAGGAGGAAAAGCCACCGCGGGAGCACAUACGUGACUUUAUCAAUGAGGAGAUCGGCAAGUACAGGAGAGAGCCGAGGAUGGAGGAGGAGGAGAGCCGCGACGAAACGAGGGUAGAGGAGGACGCGUACGCCGAGUGCAAGAACGUCGAGACGUUCAUGAACCUCGUGAAGAGCCUCAAGGAGAGCGUGAUCAAGGACUUUGAGCGAGUUGACGAGCCAACAAAGCCCGAGGAGAAAAAAGGCGUUGGUCCGACAACUCCCGCGGACGGAGUGAACGAGGGUGCAACGGAACUGCUGCCACCCGUAACUGAAAGUGUCGCCGAGCAAGUUGCUACCAGGGAGGAUGAGCAAAUCGACGAAGAAGCUCCGCUGUCGGAAAACUUCCUACUCGAGGCGUUUGCUGGGGGCACCGGGAGCGUAAACAUCGAGAGAAAGGAAGAAGAGGCCGGCGACACGGAGGACAAUGUCAACUCGAUGCCGGACGGGGAGUCUGACCCGCCGAACGAGAGCUGCACCUCGGAACGGAGGAUCGAGGCGCCUCCACCCCCGAUGAGGUCGGUGAGCUUGGAGCCCUCGCUGGGCGUCCACCCCGUGAUCGAGCGCAUCAUCCUCGUGGAGCGCCACUUGCCUGCGAUGCCGCCCCCUCCGGUUCGCCGUGGGAGGCUGUUUCGCGGCUACGACUCUCGCCCACUACCCCGAAACCAGUACUGGCCCUCCGACGAGGACGACUUUGUGCGCUCCCUGUUGGUGCUCCUGGGGCGUCGUGACCUCGCGCCUCCACCUCCUCCCGCGUCCGAGGGGGACCAAGAGCUCGGCAAAGUUGGCACUAGCGGGCCGGUGGUGGGCUUUGAAGCGGCGAGCGUCGCCCAGAGUCCGGUGGGGUGCGGGGAAGCCCAACUGCCACCUGGACCCGAGCCAGACGACGGGCACCUCUACUACGUGCCGGCUAAUAUUAGCCCCGACGCGCCGUCGGCCAAGUUCACCGGCGCCGAUAUCCCGGAUGCUACGCCGAAGGACCCGUCCGUUGAACGGACACUCUCUGUCUUGUCACCGCCCGUCGAAUGCAGUGGUAAAAGUGCCAAUGGCUGGACGGGCGUGCCGACGCGGGACAACCCGCGGCUGCUCGUGUGUUUCUCCCCGGCCCAGCAAGAGGCCCCCGUCCGAGCCACGGCCGACAAUCUGCUGGACCUGCACAGGAAAUUCGUGGAUCGACACGGCUACCACCUGAGCCACCCGAAGCCAGUAUCGCCCCCCAAGUACCUCGUGGACGUGGUUGGGCCGAGCAGCGGUUCGAAGCGCCUCCUGAGCAUCGUCAGCAGGGAGAACCGCGUGGCGGCCGAAAGACAACGGCGGGGCACGUUAUUAAUAGACGCCGAUAACGGGCAGAGCCGCCUCUGCAACGGGACGCCCACCACCGGCGGCGCUCGUAGGGAUCCGGUGUCGUUGGCCGGUGGGUGUUUACGCGCGGUUAUCAGCGACAGUGCGCCGGACGGGUGCCGGAGACGCGUGAACCCAGCGCUGAUAAUCGGCGAGAGGCCCGAGGUGCCGGCAAAGGCCAAGAGGCGCGUGACCGUGGACAGGGAGUGCAUCGACACGCGGAGCAUCUUCGACCAGGGCCCCGCGAAACAACAACAGCGGGGCAAACCCGAGUCGUCCAGGGAGUACUUUGACCGGCAGCUGAGGCACAUCGAGCACCUACAGAGCCAACUGAAGAACGGCAUCCGGGAGGUGGGCGCGAUGAGGGAGGCCGAGAGCGAGUCCAAGCUCAAAGCUUUCUUCAGGUACCUGCACGACGAGCCCGCCAACGAAGAAGAAGAAGAAGAAAAAGGUGUCCGGGUGCCGGAAAAACCGGCCACCCCGCCACUGGAGAGCAGGGAGAGGCAAGUGGUGCCACUCGGGCUGGGCGAGGCCCUUCGCCAGCAGAUGUACGAGGAGUACGUGCACAAGGUGCUCGAGCGCGAGGAGCGCAAGCAGCACAGGGUCAUCAAGAUAAGCUCGUGCGCGGACCUCGAGGGGCAGGUGGGGCCGAGUAGGAGGGGCAGGCAACGCGACGAGGACAUGAACAAGGUCGAGCAGGAGUUUAUCGCGAGGGCGAGGAGCCGGCUGAGCAGGCAAGGCGUCAGGCUCGACGACAGCGAGACCGAGGGGGGUGCGAGCACGGAGCCACCUAUCCCUGGCGAUGCCAAGUUGAUCGUCGGUGGCGAGGAGGUGAGGGACGCGAGACGCCUGCCCAAACACCUGCAAGAGUUCCUCGAGCUAUCGACCAAAAAGGAGGAGGAGGAGGAGGAGGAAGACGCGGCUGCGGGUAAUUUGCCGAGUAAGGAGACGGAUCUCAAGGCUGGGACCGGCACGGAUUUGCUGCACGAGAUUGACGGCGCUCUGAGCCUCGGCCGGGGAUUUUUGCUAGCCGGCAGAGAAGAAAGAGGAGCUUGUCGUUUUUUUUUUUUUUUUUUUUUUUGUUUCCACCUCCCGANGGAUGAGCCGAUACCGGCGGUUUGGACACCGUCGAGCGCAGGACCCAGCCCCGUCCCCGAGAGAAAGGAGUUCCGUCCGGUCGCCUUCGAGAGUCCAAUACUGAGCAGAAAGAAGGUCACGCAGGGACAGUUACCAAAGGGAGCGGCUUACCUGGACGAGACUGAUCACAUCGCCUCGGCCAGAGAGGAGAAGCCACUGCAGAGUCCCGGGGAAGUCACCCAUGCGCCGAGGAGGGAGUACGAGAGCGAGCCAGAGACCGAAAAUGAACGGGCCAAGAAGAUGGCCGAGCUCGGCCCCCGCAAGUACGAGGGCAUCGGCCCGACAACGAGAAACGGCAUACCCAUCGUACUGAGAUCCGAGGUCAAAGAGGGCAAUCAGGCAAAGUGGUACAAGCGAAUGUACGAAUCCCUUCAUCGCGUCCCAAAACACGACGACUACGUAACCGUCCGCUACAAACCACACAGAGGUACGAGGACGGGCUACAGUGGAACGUCGAGCGGCUACCUGAGCGAGCCCGAGCCGCGAAGCUACUCCGAGAGAUCCGCGACACUCGACAGCCGCCGGCACAGGCAGCGCCACAAGGACAACGAUUUUUCGACCCUGCCCAGGCCAACUGGACGAGCGGAUGGCCACUACUCGCCGGACACGUAUCACAUGAACCCGGGCAGGAUAGAGGACUACGUGCCGGGAAACUGCUCGAUCCAGGAGAAGGAGACCAAAGAGCCAACGUCAGAUCUCUCUUGGGCGAAGCGUAAGUGGUGGGACGAGGUCAUGGACAUAUUUGACGGGUGGCUGGACGAGAACGGACGCUUGCAGAGCCGCGAGCCCUCCCAAGCCACGGUCAGCCUCGUCGGCUCGACGCCCACCAGCGGUCUGCUCCAGCGGCCCAAGACGAGGCCCACGGGCCUCCUCGGCUCCUACGGUCAGCGCCACCACCAGCAGCAAUCCCGCCUCUCUCACAGCGUAAGCGCGGGCAAUCGAGCCCAACCGCAUCAACAAUCGCUGCGGGGCAUGACUGGCACCAGCCUCGAGCACCGGCUCCUCCAGGCCGGCCGGAGGCCGAGGUCCCAGACGACGACGGCCGCCAGCAGCAAGAUCCGCCGGGACCUCGAGCUCAACGACGAGCAGCAGCGCCUGCGCCAGUCCCGGCUACUCGAGAGCCUCUUCGAGCUGGCUGGUAGCGAAACCCGGGCCCGACUGCUCACUCGAGGGGGCAUCGUUGUCAGCCGGCCACGCAGCGGCUCGACUGGCGACUCGGAGCGCCGGCUGAUCAAGCCCCUGGCGACUACGGACGACGACGACGAUGACGACGAUGACGACGACGACGAAGACGAUGACGAGAACGUGCGGAACGACGCGUCGUCUUGGGCGUACCUCGGGCCAGCCGCCGGUGCUGGGGCUAGGGUGGCCGUUCUCGCAACCACCACCAAUAGUAGCAGCAACGGCACAGUUAUCACGAAUCGUCACAAUAAUCGCCACCGCCAUCACAGUAGUAAUCAGCGUCACGGGCUUAGGUCGUCGAUGAGCGGGAGCGGCGCUGGGACGAUCACGGGCAUCGGUGGGGCCGGCCAAAUUGCUCUGCUGUCGUCUUCGGCUUCCUCCUCAUCCUCGGUCACGAAUUCAUCCUCCAACGGCACGACCACGUCCACGAAUCAUGCCGCGGUAGCGCCCUUCUCUUCUUCUUCACUGCUGAUGCCGUUCGAGCAAUCGAGCACCCACUCGCCCAAGUCUUACAUGACCCACGCCCUUAAGGAGUCCGGCUACGAAAGCGACUCGACUCUAGUCUUCCGUCGACGCGAAGACGUCAGUCCAUUGAGUCCACUUGAGCAGAGGAUAGCGUACAAGACGGUCCAGAAGGGUGGUGACGUUCCCCUUCAUGGUUUUCGCAAACCUGCUCCCGAGCGACCCAAAGACGACACGGAGAUCGAGUACUUUCCGAUCUCAGGAUCGACAGCAACGACACUGAUAAAUCUCCGCGUUCACAGCACUACAACGACGAAAAAGAAGAAGAAGACCAAGUCUGGUAGAACAAAGAAGCAGACGUGCGGCAGCAACAGCAGCUCGACCUCACCUGCUUCGUCCACCUCGUCGAUGAGCGUCUCGCGCAUUCCCAUCGUCGCUUCUAUGGCGUCGCAGCCGUCCAAAAGGACCCCGUUAGCGCCCAAAAACUCCAGUCGCCCGCUGUCCAUCCCAUCGACGAAAAAGACCACCUCCCCCAUCGCCGCUUCUCCUCCGAGCACCAACAACAGAGUACCCUCGCCACCCAAGAGAAAGUCCUCGCGCAACAACCGCACCCUCAAGCUCUACUCGGCUACCCCCGCUACAAUCACGGCAGUGGACGACACUCGGCGCACCCCGAGUCCUGCCUCCUCGUCCUCGAAGCCAAGAUCAUCUCCGUGUCUCUCGCGCCCCAAUUCCAAUCCCGUGCCGUUACGCGCAAAGAGGCAUACCGAGGCCCCGACGAGGGCCCCAAUCUCCGGCCAGCAUCCAGUCCCGUCCCGGCAGAAGAGGGAGCAAAAGCCCCGAGCCAGAACGAGGAAGGAACAAGAGGAGUCCUGCAAACGGCUGAGCAGAUCCGCGCUCGACCUGACCGCCCCCAUCGAGGUCAGGCGGAUCCUCCAGCGGCAGAGGGACCGCUUCCCACGCUCCGUGUCCACCAAGCUCCUGGCCUCAGGCACCGUCGUCAAGAGCUCCUCGACUCCGUUCGCCUCGGCCCUCGGGGGCACCAGGCUCAACGACAAGUCCCUGAAGAUCACGGCCGCCAUCACCCCCCGGGGCCGGGAGAUCCUCGGUAAAUCGCCCAAAAGCCCAUCCGAGAGAAGGAGGGUCCAAAAAUCACCGUCGGCCAGGGCGAAAGUAGCAGCGACACCAAGGACGGACGCGUCUCCCGCGUUGACCAUCGAUCUCCUGAAGAAGCACCACGAGGCCACGAUGUCGGACUCCUUCUUCCAGCACCUUUUCCUCCGCAACUCCCACAAAGAACCCUCGACAUCCCGCUCCUCGGUGGUCCCGCUCGUCCGUAGGUCCUCGGUGCUGGAUCGAGCUCGGGCCUUUCAGGUGAUCAGCGACGGGUGCAGGUCCGAGCCGUCGCUCAAGUCCCUGAGCAUCUACCUGGCCCACAAGCGGCCCGUGUCCAACUCGCGCUUCCGCAACUGGGAGCGCGAGAGCAUCUCGUCCAGGAGCUCGAGCCCCUACCACCGCCGCGCCGCCGACUCCUUCGGCUCGACCACCUCCCUCCGCAGCCCCGAUCCGGCCCCGCGCGACUCCCCCAAGGAGCGGAGUCUCAGCGAGCCCCCGCUCAAGGCCACCCGCGCCCAAUCCCCCUCGCCGAGUAGACCACCACCACAACCCCACCGCGGGAGGAUACUCGACAGGGCAAGGAGCGCCAGCGAGGCCGACUACUGCCACCGAUUAGGUUCGAGCCCGACCCUCCUGGCCACCGGCAGCCGUAGCACCGGCUCGCUUCUCGGCCCCCCCACCGAUCGGGACGAGUACCAGCGGUACAUCACCGGGAGGCUGCGCUCGCGGCAGACGUCGAAAAAGUACCGGGACCUGCGAGAGUUUUACGCGAGUCUGGAGCGAGUGGCACGGCUGGAAGAGGCAACGACCGGCUCGUCGUUAGGUGAGCUCCGGCCGAGGCUGCGGAACGAGGAGGUCAUAGAUUACGAGCGCUGGCGGCAGCUGCGGACCAGAGAGAGGGCCGAGCAGGAGUUGCGAGGCCUAUACCGGAAGCUGAAGCUCGCCCAGCGGGAGAAGGACUUUCUCUUUUCGACUCGCGACGUGGAGCGCGCCAAGUGGCGGGGGGACGCGAGCCUCAGGGCCAAGGAGAGGUCCGUGGGGAGCAUCAAGGAGCAGUUCCACAAGCUGGCCCGGGAGGAGAGCGAGCUCGAGGCGGGGCGCCGGCGCGACAUCGCCUCGAGGAAGGACACGUACAAGCCGCUUUGGCGGGGCAGCUCGGUCGCCAGCGCGGCCGACUCCCUCGCGCGAAGGGCCGUCGGGAGGCUCGAGCCCCCCACGGACCGGCCCUCCAUCCAGGCGUCCCUCCAAAAGAGCCUCGGCGGGAGCACCAAGUUCUGGAGUAGCUUGUCCAUCGAGCAGGUCACGGCCUUGAAAAACCAGCUAAACGACAUCUACGGGAGCGAUCAGCCCCAAGGCGUUGUGGUGGCUUCCCCCUCGUCCGUCUCGGACUACGAGGUCCUCGUGCCCGAGAAGAAGCGGCGAGACUUGGAGCAGCCGCUGCACGUCAGGUGCCACUCGAUGAUCGCGUCAAAGGGGGAGCCGACGAGCGUUGGCUCGGGUAUGCAGCGGAGCGGCUCGAUUUGCCGGGCCUCGGGUGGCAUGACCGAGGACGAGAAGAAGCAGCUGUCGCUGACCCUCGGCAAGGAGGUGUUGGAGAAAACGGGCCAGAAACUAUCCACGGUUAACAAGCCCGAGCGGGUGGACAGCGGGGCGACGACCGAGAGCUCCGACGCGUCCGCGGGGACGGUCGUGCCGCGGGAGGAAAAACGGCCGGACAGUGGGGGAAGGGUGGCUGAGCGUGACCGCGGCGACACCGUCACGGGGAGCCGAGCGCGCAGCGCCAGUCCACGCUUGUCACCCGGCACGGAGCUCUGGCUGCGUGGCGGUUCGCCCGAUCCCGAGCGCUAUUGGCGCAGUUACCUGAAGUUGGCUCGCGACGGCACCGUCCGCCAAUUGCGCGCCAAGUUCGAGAGCCUCGAGGAACUGUGCUCCUCGCCCCGGGGCUGGAGGGGUCCACCCAAGCGCUUCCAAAGCGACCCGGAACUCGCGCGGAGCCUCCUGAGGGAGCUCUGCGCCACCGAGAAACCCAACUAUAUCAAGCCCCAGGAGAUACCCGACGUCGCCUGGCUCAGGCGCAAGUACGAGCCAGUCCAGAGGGGUCGCCGCCACCGGCGAGGGGGCGCCUCCCCGCCCAUACCCCGGGUCCCCUGGAAGAUCGAGGAUCUCACGAUGCCCCACAUCAACGUGAUCAGCAAGACGGCCGAGCUGAAGGGCGAGUGGGGCGUGGGUGGCCGGGGAAGGGGAAACAAGGAGACCCGGGAGCUGGUGGCUCGGAGGCCGGUGAAUAGGGUGCGCGAGCUGUUUGAGCGCGGCUCGAGCCCCGAGGAGUGCUCCAACUUGGGGGCCGGCACGUCCAUCCUCGGAGAGAUGUUCACGUCGGCGCCCAACGUGCACGAGCUUCGUGACAUUGCGCCCUACUUGGCUGGCCGGUGGGUGGCCCAUCGGUACCCCAGUCGGUACGACAACGCGCGCUCGCUGUCGUCGCCCCCGGACCUCUCGCGGCGAGGGUCGAUAACUCCGCCGAGCCGCAAGAAGACGAGGUCCUCGCCGAGUUUGACACACGGCUCGAUACUGAAGCAGCAGCAGGUCGUGAGCAGCAGUGGCGACGUGUUUGCGAAUCAGGCCUUCGACCCGAGCAAGCACAGGCCGAGGUUCAGGUACCAGCCACCCCCGCUACCCCUACCGCUGCCCAAGCUGCGCUACAGGCCCUGGUGCCCGCCCAUGCCGACUUACAGCGCCAGGCCCACGGUCGUCAGCUUCGAAGAACACACGAAUGCACCGCCACCGCCACCGCCAAAAGCCCAACACUACAGAGGCGAACGCCAAGAGUCGCCGAGGCGGUAUGUGGAGGGCGAGGUGACGAUCCAUUACCGCUCGCCAGUGCGCUCCGAGGCGAAGGAGCCGCUGAGCGAGGAGGAGCUGGCCCGGCGCAGUGCUGACAAUAUGCGCCGCGUCUACCAGGAGGAGCGUAGGCGCAAGUACCUCCAGGAGCUGCACGACAUCGACUCGCGCCGGCACACCGACAACUUUGUACCGUCGCAAAAGUCGCCGAUACCAUUGAACCGCUACGACGACUUUGUGGACGACCUGAGCUACAGAAGCCGCUCCCAGGAGCAAACGCCCGAGCCGCGGCUGGUCGCCCGCGCCCUGUACAACUUUGUCGGACAGACGCAGCGCGAAUUGACUUUCCGGCGGGGAGAUUUGAUUUUCGUGCGCCGGCAGGUCGACAAAAACUGGUACGAGGGCGAGCACAAUGCGAUGGUUGGCCUCUUCCCCUUCAAUUACGUCGAGAUUAUACCCUACGACGAGAUCAGAACUCUGCCAAAGAAAUCCUACGAGGGCCAGGCGCGCGCAAAGUUCAACUUUAUCGCCCAGACGAACCUCGAGCUGUCCCUGGCGAAAGGAGAACUCGUGUGCCUGACCAGGAGAGUCGAUGAAAACUGGUGGGAGGGUCGAGUCGGCAACAGAAAGGGAAUAUUCCCGGUCUCUUACGUCGACGUCCUCAGCGAACCCGGUCCCAGACCUGAAACACCCAUUCAAAACAAACCUGUAGCCUCACCGGCUGCUCACAGUAUGCUAUCCAACGGGACGUCCAGCGGAAAACUGAGUAUGGGAGCCCACCAUUACUCGCCUACGCUGCCCGUCAGUAUCAACACAACCCAGCCCCAUUAUAAUUCACUGCCAAAGGGAGGAGUGGGUAAGCUACAGGUGGCCCCCGUCAAUGAAACUCUGCACGUCGACACGCACUCGGAACCGAUACCGUACCGAGCGCUGUACAACUACCGACCGCAGAACGAGGACGAGCUCGAACUUAACGAGGGAGACACGGUCUUCGUGAUGGAGAAAUGCGACGAUGGCUGGUACGUCGGCUCGUCCCAGCGCACGGGCUACUUCGGCACCUUCCCGGGCAACUACGUCGAGCGCUUGUGAGGCCGGCUGAACCCCGGGCCCUCGCUCCAGCCGGCCACCGAGCCGGUGAUAUCCCGGGCGCCCUCCUAGGGUCUGGCGGGGCGGCUGCCGCCCCAGGAGCCGCCCCCGGUCCGCCACGCCGAGAGACGCGGCUCCGCAUCCUCGACCUCGUCGCGCCUCGUCGACCGUCUGAUCGCCGCCCUCGUACCCAGUGCCCUGGGUAACUGCGGGGCCAGACGAGCCCGCUAAUACGGACCGGCCCUUUGCUCGAUCGCGUUUCGUUGUCAGUCCAAAGAUUGUCCGAGUGUGUGU